AUGUCUUCCUUUUUCACCAAUCCCGGUGAGAAGAAGAGAAAACGAACGGCAGCACCCGACAUACCACAGAAACGGGUUGCAGCAGCGUCCAAAGCGGGCGGCAAGUCCGGCAGCAAGGUCAGCAGCUCGGUCAAAAAAGCGCCAGCGAGCAGACGGAAAGAAGCUCCUGCGGUCCAGUCACAACAAGCAGCAAAAGCAGCAAAAGCAGAUAAGAGUGGGAGCGGGCGGGCAGGGCCCAGAGACAAGAAGAACGAUGAUGACGAAUCGAUAUCGGGCAGCGGCUCGGACGACGACUUUGGCGGGCGGGGCGCGGACGGAUCUGAGGACGGACUGUCGUCAGACGACGACUCGGACCUGGAGGUGGACGAGGGCGAAGGCGACGAGGCAGAGACGGCAGCCGAGCGGCGGCUGCGGCUGGCGGAAAGAUACCUGGAAAAUGUGCGGCAGGAUGUGGCGGCAGUAGACGACACGUACGGCUUUGACGCGGAGGAGAUUGACCGGGACCUGAUUGCGGAGCGGCUGGAGGAAGACGUGGCCGAGUCCAAGGGCAAGGUGUACCGGCGGCUGGCGGGCGAGCUGGACUUUGAGCAGGCAUCGCACUGUCUGCUGCGAUGGAACGCGAAGAACGUGAAUGCAGUGGCGGUGUGUGCGCCUUAUGCAUACACGGGCUCGAGCGACACGUACCUGACCAAGUGGCGGAUCCAGGACCUGCCGGACGAGCAGCAGCAGAAGCGGGAGGCAGCGGCAGCCGGGAAGAAGAAGGGAAAGGGAAAGGGAAAGGGAAAAGAAAAAGAAAAAGAAAAAGGGGAAGACAAGCAGGAGAACAGCCGACCGGCGCGAAAGCGACCGGAGCGGGUGCUGUACCGGCGAGGAGACCCGCGACGACGCCGCGACAAGGAGUAUCAAGGCCACGUGGGAGCGAUUCUGGCCGUGGCGGCAUCGCAAGACGGCCGGUUCGUCGCAACGGGCGGUGCUGACCGACGGCUAGUGGUGUAUGAUGCGGCGACGCUGAAGCCGCUGCGGGUGUUUACGCACCACCGCGACGCGGUGACCGGGCUGGCGUUCCGGCGCGGCACGAACCAGCUGUACUCGUGCUCGCGCGACCGCACGAUCAAGAUCUGGAGCCUGGACGAGCUGGCCUACGUGCAGACGCUCUUUGGACACCAGGACGAGGUGGCGGCCAUCGAUGCGCUGGCCCAGGAGCGCUGUAUCAGCGUCGGCACGCGCGACCGCACCGCGCGCAUGUGGAAGGUCGUCGAGGAGACCCAGCUGGUGUUUCGUGGCGGCGGCUCAGGCGAGCGGCCGGCCACCGCACGCGCCAGCGGCAUCGAUCCGCGCUCGGCUGCGCACGAGGGCAGCAUGGACUGCGUCGCUCUGCUAGACGACGAGCUGUUUGUCACCGGCAGCGACAACGGUGCGCUCGCCCUCUGGAGCAUCCAGAAGAAGAAGCCGCUCUUUGUCGUGCCGAGAGCCCACGGGCUGGAGCCGCUGAUGACCGGUCGCGAGCUGUAUGAUCGGGCUCUGGGGGGGGCUGAAACGGAGGUAACUGAAACGGAGGCAGCUGUAAACGGUGUCAAAAACGGACCCACAAACGGACCCACAAACGGACGCAAAACACAAACGGCCUCCUCAACCGCCAACAUGAACCCUCCCCCCCCCCCUCAACCGCGCUGGAUCACGGCCCUGCGCACCGUUCCCUACGCCGACGUCGUCCUCAGCGGCAGCUGGGAUGGCUGCGUCCGCGUCUGGCGUCUCAGCGCCGACAAGCGCCGUCUCGAGCCGCUCGGCCGUCUCGCCGCUGCUACCACCUCCAACAACAAGGCCGGCCUCGCGGCUCCCGGCGUCGUCAAUGACAUUGCCGUCUUUGAGCGCGGUGAGCGCGGCCGCGACGGCCUCAGCAUCGUUGUCGCCCUCGGCCGCGAACACCGCCUCGGUCGAUGGGGUCACUCGGCUGGCGCCCGCAAUGGCGCCGUCGUCUUCGAGGUCGCACCGCUGCCAAAGCAAAAGGCUAUCGUCGACGAGGCCGAGUCGCGGUAG